AUGACGCGCCACGGUAAAAACUCGACGGCAUCAGCUGUCUAUUCGUAUUCGGAACGAAAGAAGGAUGCAAGGCAAUCCGGGUAUGGCACUUUACAUGAACGACUUGGAGCUGAUUCCAUUAAAGAAUUUGACUGCUGCUCUAUCACUCUUCAACCGUGUCGAACCGAAUUUCACAGAGAUCCUCUCAUAUCUCCACAUGGAUACAUAUUCGAUCGUGAAGCGGUGCUAGAAUAUUACUUGAAACAAAAGAAAGAAAAUGUGCGUAAGCUGAAAGAAUGGGAAAAGCAGUGCAAAAGGGAUGAGAAAGAAGCGCAAGAAUCGAAGAAGCUAAACGAAGAAAUAAAAGUGAAAAAGUUUAUGAUUUGUGAAGCAACGCCCACACAUCCAGCUAUACGUUCCAAUGUCGACGAUCAAAGCACACCAACCACGUCCGCUGGUGCCACCGCUUCUGGCAGUAAUAUCGGUAGGAAGAGGCAUGCUUCAGAUGAAAUUGAUGAACUGAUGGUUAAAAAGAAAGCCGACGGCACGAGUAUUUCGAAUGUGGCUGGUAAUAAAGCUAAAGAAAAUCCCAGUUUUUGGGUCCCUCAGCUGAACCCAACUGCCGAAGAGGCAAAGUUGCAGAAACCUGACCAACGAGUGUUCUGUCCAAUGUCCGGCCAGCCGUUGAAAAUCAAAGAACUGAUGCCGGUCAAGUUCACAAGAAUUCCGGAUGAUGAUGAUGAACCGAAGUCGAUAGUUGCGAAGAAAAUUCGAUAUAUGUGUCCUGUCACACACGAUGCACUUACUAACACAACUCGGUGUGCUUAUUUGAAAACGAGUCAGUCAGUGGUCACGAUGAAUUGCGUAGAGAAGAUAAUUCGUAAGGAUAUGAUUGAUCCAAUCAAUGGAAUGAAACUAGAAGAAAGCGAUAUUAUUGAGUUACAACGUGGUGGUACAGGUUUGUUAUUUUUGCUUUUGGUCAUUUUGAUUCAGCACUUUUCAUUCACUUUUUCAUUUUGCAUCAGAUAA